AACAAGGUGGAAGGUCUGCGAGAAAACCUUUACCUUCUGCCAAGGGAGAACCUUAGAGCAUUGCUGCGUCUUGUCCUUGAACUCACAGAAGAUUUUACUGAUUCUGCUUAUACAAGCCAUGAAACCCGGGGACAUAUCUUGGAGCUCUCCAAGCAAGCAAAGAUGGAAUUGGAGCAGUUGGUGUCAGCCUGGAUAAAUGCUCAAAAUCAGAAGAAAAGAGAAAUCACAGAAGACUUGGAAAUAUCCAUACUAAAAAUGUGCCAGUGCAUGAAUGAACUUCAAAGAGAGCUCCACAGUGCAGCAGUAUCUGUUGCAGCAGACCUGAUAAAGUAUCAUUCUGAUCACCUUGUUUUGAAAGCGCUGAAAGCCUGCGGAGCAGAAGGAAAUAUAGAAGCUAUUGCAGAGCAUAGCUAUAAGCUCUCUGAACAGAAAGACCAGUUGAUCGAAAUAUGCCAUCUAUUGAGACAUGUCUCUGGAACAGAGCCACUUGAAAUUACUUGUCUCCAUGCAGAAGAUACUUUUCAUGUGACUGGGCCUCAGAUAAUUUCUGCUGCUGAAACCCUGACAUUGCAUCCUUCCAGUAAAAUUGCAAAAGAAAAUCUGGAUGUAUUUUGUGAGGCUUGGGAAUCUCAGCUGAAUGACAUGUCCCUGCUCUUAAGAGAAAUCAGUGAUGUGUUUGAAGGAAGACGAGGGGAGAAGCGUGCAUACUUGUCACUACCCAAACCAGGGAAGCAUAAUGCAAAUUUAAAAGCCUUAAAGCCAGUCAGACUUGAUAAUGAGGAACAAACAAAACUUGGAAAAUUAGGUUUAGAACUUCAUAAACUAAUAACUCGGGUUGACUCUGAAAUGGAGAAAUGGGAAGACCCAGAAAAUGAGAUUAUAAGAUAUGGACAAGGUCUAUCCAGUAUGGCUUAUUCCAUGUAUUUAUUUACAAGAGGGGAAGGACUACUGAAAAUUACCCAAGACUUAUUCCACCAGGCAGAGGCCUUUGCUACAGAAGGAUUAAAACUUACUUCAGCUCUCCAUAUAUUUUCCAGUCAGCUGGAAGAUGAUGACAAGCCACUGCUUCUGCAGGAGAUUGAGAGGAUGGUCUCUGCAUGUCAGCAGCUUCAGGUCACAGCUAAAGCUCCUGUGCAGGGCAAAACUGCAACUCAUCUAAAGGUGGAUACCUGUGUUCAGAAAGCAAAGUAUAUUCUGGAUAUACUUUCCCAAGUUCUGCCACUUAGCUUCAGAUUACUUAGAAAGCAGAAAGCAGGAAAUGGAUAUCUAAUGGCCCACUGUUCUUGGAAUGGCCAGCAUGCAGCGUCAAGAGAAAACAGUGGCCUGGCUGGGAGGACUAACACUUUUGGAAUCAAAUCCUUGGAACAACAUGUAGCAAGCCUCACUGUUUUGGAGAACAAAUGAAUUGAAGAUGGGCAUAUUUCUAUGUUGGAUUUGUACUUUAAGUCUCUCCUAAUUGCUUUCUUUUGAGAAAGGUAAAACCGGGUUAGAAAAAGCUGAUGUAGUCUUUUCACAUCUAAUAGAUGUCAUGGUACUUAGCAAUUAGCAAAAGGAACAGUCAGAUUUAAUGGCUGCAUAUUUUUGUAUGGUGAAUAACUUUUGGUUCACUAUUAAUACCGCUAUUUUUGUAAUCAAGUACAUUAUGAAUGUCUUAUUUUUCAAACCCCAAAGAUGCUGCUUUGAAUGUUCAUGCAGAUGAUCUGGAUAAUAUCAGAUAUGCUACAUGGAAAACUACUGGUGGUGGUUGUUGCUGCUGCUCUUUUGUUUAAUAGCCGUCACUAAUGUGAGUCUUGACCCUCGCCAAUAUCAUCUGCUGAGGAAAUCUGUUUUGAAAAAAGCUUAACUAGCUGCCUCUUAAAGUGAUUUGCCAAGAAAUUCUGUUGCCAUAGAUAACUACAUUUGUCUCCUGGUGGGCAAGGAAGGGGAGGAACAGAACUAGGAUAGAGACGGUCAAAAAAAGUCCACUUUGCUGCUACUGGAUACAUAAGUUACAAUAAAGCUUUAAUGAUGAUAAUUUUAUUUUCAUUUAAAAACAGUUUCAGCAAUAUUUAAAAUUAAAACUAAAGAUCAGUAACAGCAUUAAUAAAAUCAGCUAUUUUAAAAGCUCCCUUUUAUCUAUAUUUUUAUGUACAAUCUUUAUAGCACUCUCUAAAGAAUUUUUUUCAGAAAUAGUUCUUCUAAAACCACAUGUAGUAUGACCUAAUUCCCUAAUAAAUGUGAUUAUAUUUACAGCCUUAAAUAUAAAGCUCGAGCUUUCAUUUUAGCAUGAUACAGGAAAGCUUAAGACUGAUCGUUCAAAUAAGUUGCAGCUAUUAAAAAUACUUACUUCAAAGAGGGCAUUAUCUUUUUUGCAAGUUCUUUUCCAAGCUUGUUUGAGAUCUGUAUAUAUCUUAAUGGUCCUAUGUUUCAGAUUGUAAUGUUAUCAUUGAAUAACUCCUUGCCAGUCUUAAAUACUGUAAACUGAGUAUGUUUGAAAAUUAUAUAGCGAAGGUAAAUUACUCCCAUGUCCUUUACAUUUUGCUAAGAGGACAACUUGAAGUCACAAGCUAAUAUAUGAUUCUCAAUCAUAUUUGACUAUAUCAUGCAAUGUAGAGGUUGGGAGGCAAAAAAAAAGAAAAUAAGCACUUCUAACCUUCUUACCUCUUUUUCUUCUGUAACCCCAGUCCCAUCUUCCACUUCUGUGGCAUUUAUAUUAAUGUUGCAAUUGUUAAACAUAUUUUUAACAUUUGGUCCCAUAAAUCCUUGAACCUUCACUCCGCAAACCUUAAGGCAG